AUGAAGGGUCUUCUUUCUUUCGGCCUGCUUGCGGCGCCUCUUGUCCAGGGACACUACAUCUUCAGUCAGCUUUUCGUCGACGACAAGGCUGCCGGCGGUGACUACACCUACAUCCGCAAGAACACCAACACCUACAUGCCCUCCUUCACCUCCGAGAUCGUGAACUCUCCCGAGCUGCGAUGCAACAAGGGCGCUACGUCUGCAACUGCUCAGACUAUGACUGUGGCUGCCGGCAGCAAGCUCGGGUUCAAGCUCUGGUUCAACGAGUUCAUUGAGCACCCCGGCCCAGGCAUGGUCUACAUGUCCAAGGCGCCUGGAGAUCUUAACAGCUACGACGGCUCGGGAGACUGGUUCAAGGUGUUCGAGAGUGGUCUUUGCGGUAGCAACCCCAGCGUCGACACCGACUGGUGCACCUGGCAGAAGGACCGGAUCGAAUUCACGCUCCCGGCCGCCACCCCCCCAGGAGACUACCUUGUGCGCGUCGAGCACAUCGCCAUUCACGAGGGCCACGUCGGCAAGGCCCAGUUCUACAUGGAGUGCGCCCACAUCAAGGUCACUGGCAACGGCGCCGGUACCCCGGGCCCUCUGGUCAAGAUCCCCGGCAUGUACAGUUCCACUGACCCCGGUAUCGCCUACAACAAGUGGACCGGCAACCCGGCCCCCUAUGUCAUUCCCGGACCUGCCGUCUGGAACGGCGCCGCCGCCAGCAACAGCAGCCCCGCCCCUGUUGCCGAAGAUGCUGCAACCAACACCACCGCUCCCAGCGAGCCUGCUACGAGCGAGCCUGCCGCCGCCAACCCUCCUGCGAACGCUCCUCCCUCGAGCUCCGGUGCUUCUCUCUACGGCCAGUGCGGCGGCCAGGGAUGGUCCGGCGCAACCACUUGCGCGCAGGGAUCCUGCCAGCAGAUCAACCAGUACUACAGCCAGUGCGCUUAA